UUCAGGGGAUAAGGAUUUUACAUUGAGAGACCCCCUUUUUCGGUCCUUCUCUUUCCCCAGAAAUCUCUGUCUGUAACCAUGAAAACCCUAAUCCACACAAACCUAAUUCCAUGGAUGAACCCUAAAAAUGUAUCUCCAAUCUGCUGUUUUUCUUUCAUUUCAGCUGGGGAGAGGAGACAAUCAAAAACCCUAGUUGUAAAAUGCAGCAGUUCAGAAAAUGGGGGUUUGAAGGAUGUUGUAUCUGGUUUAGUAGAUCAGAGAGUUGAAGAACUUCUAAACAAAGAAGAAAACAAGGUAUUAUUGGAUGGGUUAACAAAAGCUAAUGAAAGGGUUGAAUUAGCAAAGAAGGAAUUAGCUGAAUUUGAUAAAAAACAAUUGGAAGAUGUUCAGAUGAAGAAUUAUGUUAAUCAGCUUGAAAGCAGAACUAGUGAGAUUGAAGAAUGCCAGAGGGAAAUACUAGAAGCGAAAGCGAUGAUUCGCGAGGCUGAGCUGUCGCUGUCUGGAAACAUUGACGAGGCUGAUGCUGAUGUUUUUGAGGAGAAUGACAAAAAUGUGGUGGAGGUUGAUAAGAAUACUGAGAGAUUGGAGUCUGUUAAAGCAGCAUCUAUUGCGGCCGUAAUUGGAACGAUUGCAGCGAUUCCGAUUUCGCUAUCUCAAGUGACAGAUAUUACUGAAUUGAUACUCCCUCUGGGGAUCACAUUUGUUAGCUGUGCAUUGUUCGGCGUUACAUUUCGAUACACGGUAAGAAGAGACUUGGAUGAUUCUCAUCUUAAGAGUGGCAUUUCUGCCGCAUUUGCCUGUGUUAAAGGCCUCGCUGUACUGGAGGCAGGACCGCGUUUGGAAUUAGAUUCACAGAGUUUCUUGUCGCAUGCUGUUGAUGGUGCGGUGAAUGUAGCUGAGAAUUUGUUAAUAUUUGUGUUUGCUUCUGUUGCUCUUGAUUUUUGCUUUAAGAUGAGGUUAUUGAGUCCUUUCCCUGUCAAAAGGAAGUCAGUUUCGCAACUACGGUGAAGAAUCCCUUGUUUGUAAACCCCAAAUUUUUAUUGGAUGUCUAUAUUUUUAAGGUCCAAUUUGAGAUUGCAGUAACUAAUGGCAAGAAAUAAAGUGCAACUAUUUGGUCAAAAGCUUGAUUUACAGAGGAUAAGGGAGACAUAGUUGAUUUACCAGCGAGUGAAGAGUCAAAUGUAGAAUUCAUCCACAAAGAAUUGCAAAGAAGUGCAGCUAUUUUGUCAAAAGCACUAUUUACAAAAUUUAUGGAGCUGGUUCUGUUCUUUCUCUUUACGCCUUCCGGGUUAUGCUGGGCAAAGAUCAAGUGGUUGUCCAGCAAAGAGGACGGUUCAAAGUGACAACUGAGAUAAGAAGUGGAAACGAGGUGCACAAUGCCAGAACCUACUCAGCUAGAAGGUAAUGUCUUAUGUAUCUAGGUUGAUUUGAAUCUUGAUUUGUUCCCUCACUAUGCUGAAUUUGUAUUUAUAUCGUUAUAAAACCAAGUAGAGA